CCCAUUUUAGAUGAAAGUCUGUCCCAUGAGAAGAUGAAGGGUAUGGUAUAAAAUAUUUCAGACUCAUCUUGAAGAUUUCCUGGCUGUAGUAGACUCAGCUCGUUCCCCAGUGAGUUCUGGUUUCUGCCAUGGUAACAGGCAUUUAUUGACUAUAGGUUUCACUGCUCACGACGGUCACUGGCUAUAAGACUUAUAAGUGGUUCCAGCUAGGAAAAAGUUCAAAACAGAAAAAAUAGCAAGUACAUAUUAUAUUCCUUAUACUAUAUUUCUUAAUCAUACUAUGUUCUUGGAUAGGAAAACAAAUCUAACUCCUGUGUUUGUGAGAAGAAGCUUUCACACCUGGUAAUGGUGAGCCUAUGGGCCUCGACUCUCAUGGCUUCUCUGCUCUCCUCUAACUGCCUUUUUAGGACCCUGCCCAGCACAACAGAAGAAUGGCGGCAGGACUGCUGACGGCCUGCUCACAGAACCCAGUGACCUUCCAGGAAGUGGCAGUGGACUUUUCCCAGGAGGAGUGGGCACUGCUGGAUGCUGCUCAGAAAAGUCUGUACAGAGAUGUGAUGCUGGAGAACUUUAGGAACCUGGCCUCAGUGGGGCAUCAGCUCUGCAAACACAAUCUGAUCUUCAAGGUAGAGCAGGAAGAGCUGAGGACAGAGGAGAGAGGAAUUCCCCAAGGUGUCUCUACAGACUGGGAAACUCAAUUUAAAUCAAAAGAUGCAGUUCCUAUGCAGAAUGCUCCUGGGGCAAAAACAUCAAAUGGCAUAAAAAUGCAGGUACCAAUGCAACCUGGCAAGAAAUCCGUAGAAUGUAAUCACUGUGAGAAGUUCUUCAGAAAGAACCCUCGUCUUUGUACCAGGCAUGGCAAGGGAGAGAAAUGCUGUAAAUACACAGACUAUGUCAACAUCUUCAAUCAUCUCUCAACUCCUGGAGAGAAAACUCAAGAAUUUAAUGAUUGUGGAGAAGCUUUCAAUCCAGAGUCAUUGCUUAGGAAAUACUUUAGAACACUCACAGGAGAAAAGGCCUUCAGCUGUAACCAGUAUGAUACAUCCUCCAGCCUACCUCCUUCCUUCUCAGGAUAUGAGCACGUACAAACUAGAGGGAGACUCUGCGAUCACAGUGACUACAGGAAAAGGUUGGCCCCUAGUGUUCACAAAAAAGUUCAAUGUGUACAGGAAAGUUUGAGGUGUAACAAACACAGGAAAGCUGGCCAUUUGUCCCUUCAAAAACAUGUCAGAACUCACAUCGGACAGAAACUCUGUGAGUGCAGUGAUUGUGGAAAAGCCUUCAUUUUCCAGUCUUCACUUAAGAAACACAUGAGAUCCCACACUGGAGAGAAACCCUAUGUAUGUAAUCACUGUGGAAAAUCCUUCAGCCAGAGCUCUCAUCUUAAUGUGCACAAAAGAACACACACUGGAGAGAAGCCCUAUGACUGUAAGGAAUGUGGAAAAGCCUUCACUGUUCCUUCGUCCCUUCAGAAACAUGUGAGAACCCACACUGGAGAGAAACCCUACGAGUGCAGUGACUGUGGCAAAGCCUUCAUUGAUCAGUCGUACCUUAAGAAACACACACGCUCUCACACUGGAGAGAAGCCUUAUGAGUGUCAUCAGUGCGGAAAGUCAUUCAGCACAGGCUCUUACCUUAUUGUACACAAAAGAACGCACACAGGAGAGAAAACCUAUGAGUGCAAAGAGUGCGGGAAGGCCUUUAGUAAUUCCUCUUGCCUGAGGGUACAUGUGAGAACCCACACUGGAGAGAAGCCCUAUAAAUGCCUUCAGUGUGGAAAAGCCUUUAGCACAAGCAGUAAUCUUGUCAUGCACAAGCGAAUCCAUACUGGGCAUAAAGUCUGAAUGAGAGCACUGCGAGAAAGCUUAUGUUGACCUUCAUGUCUCCUCAUUUUACAGCUCUCGCUGGAGAGGGCUGGGGACAUGGCCCAAAGGGUAGAGCCCUUGCCUAGCAAGCUCAGGGCCUUGUGCUUAGUACCAUAGACACACACAAAGAAAACUUACACUGGAGAGAAACGGAAUUGCAGAAAAUGUGGAAAAAGCCUUGAGGCACAUCUCAAUUUAAGUUGUUCUAGGACAGGCGUUUUUAUGAUCUUUUUUAUCAGUGUUUUGUCCUUAAAGUGCCACAACUGAUUAAUGUGUUAAGUACCAAAGAUCAGCAAGCUCCACAUGGCUCACAUCGCAAAAGUUUAUAUGUAACAUUCACAUUAUUUAACUAUAAGUAUCGUCCAAUUCCAAUCAAGAUGUCUGGGACCCACAGGUUAUUUAAAAGUGAGUUUGUUAAUACGCAUAUCCUAUGCAUAUGUUAAUUAGCUUUCACUGCAUUGUGAACAGAAUGUGUGGUCUUCGUGGUGCUGAUUCAAAUUAAAAAUUGUUGGAAACUUGAUUUGUGGUGUCCUGUGAUUGAUAGAAAUAGUUUCUGUUCCAAUUUCCAUUCCUCCUUCUUCUUUAAAGUAACAAAGCAUACAGUUGGCUGGAAAUAUAACAAUUUUCCAAGGGCACACUUUCCAACUUUCUUUAUAACUAUGGGUAACCAAAUGUGUCCAUAGUCCUUGUAAUGAGAAGCAGACAGCGGUCCCUGGUGGCUUCUAAGGAAGUUCAUUCAAGUGGAAGAAUCUCAUCUCACAUUUUCUCUUCACCAUUUGUCUUAACCCUUUUUUUCUCUUAAAAAAUAUUACCAAACUUAAUAAUUAUAAGUUACUAAGCAAUAAUGAAGACACAAUAUUAUCUGGCCACUCCAACUCUGAACUUCUAAUUUCACAUUACGUGAGAAAACGAAACUCCUUAACUGGUUUAAGCUACUCUUACAACUGAGACAGUCCCCGCUGCUACAUCUUAUAUGCAGUCAGAGUUCAUGAAUCCCUGAAGCAUGGUUGGAAACAGUGUGUUUUCUAAUUGUUGGAUAUGACACAUUUCUUACUGCAUCACUGGAUAAAUCUUGUGUUCUUAAAAUCUGUAUGAUUACCAUCUCCUCAUCUUCCAUUUAUUGAGAAGUAAGGUGAAAUGCCACCCUGUAACCAGGUUGUUAAAAUUUUGUCUCCUGUUUUAUUUUGAGACACCAUAAUUGAGUGUAUAAGUUUACUUAUUUAUUGUUCCUGGUAAAUUGUCCUUUAAUCCUUACAUAGUGCCCAUUCUUUCCCCAAAUAAUGAAAUGUUCAUUAGUUCACUUGUGUCAGUGUGAGCUACUGACCAGCCAAUGCCGUUCUCCCAUUCUAGCUAGUAAGGACAACCAGAAGCAAGUCUCUCUUCUCAGCACUCAAUGCUGCUGCUUGCAAAAAUGUCUGGCAGUAUUGGCCAUCUUGACAUCCCACAACUGUUCCUCUGCAUUUGCUGAGUUUAUGCUCAUUAGUCCUUAUAAGAAGGAAGUAGCAAGUACUUUAAAUGCUUCAGUAAAUCCUAUGCAAAUAAGACAAGAAUAGACCCAAAGUUAGUGAAGUUUCUAGGGGCUCAGUUGCCUGAAGCAUACGAAAACACUCUCCAAGGUAAAAAGAAAGUUGCUACAUCUUGAACCACUACUACAAAGAAAUAGCACAAUGUUUAGUAGGCCUUUGGGGAUUUUGGAGACACUAUUGUUAGAAAUAUCGGGGCGCUGCCACUAUCACAAAUCAGACACGUGCUCGAAAGUUGAUGGGCAAAGCAAAUUUGCUUCUGUAAAAGAUGUGUGCCUCCAACCUAAGUCAGGUGAGAGCACACCAGGCAGAAGAACUGCCUCAGUGUUUAUCCCUAAUGCAGGACUGCCCCUUUGCUCCAACAGAGGAAGCUUGUGUUCAGUCUUCUGGUUCACUACGGUUGAGGUUUAGGAGAGGACAUAGAGGAAGAGCAGACAUGAUUGGAGAACAUGGACAGAAACUUAAUUUGGUUGGUGUACUCAAAGACAUCCAUAAGGUGGGAAUUAUAGGAUUCUGGGUAAACUGAGGCUUGAAAUGGCAGCACCAAGUAUACAAUUAACCUGUGAGCAAAAGAGGAGCCUUGAAGCAGAGAUUACAUUGAACAAUGAUUAUCCUAAAGCUAGCAGAUUGAGUGUUAGGACAUCCAAUGACAAUCCUCUGUUUAAAGGCAGAAACUUUACAGCUAGGUGACAUGCCACCAAGCACAUAGACUACUGGGGAAAUUAGCUAAUAUCCACAAAAUGACAUAUUCCAUAGUGUAGUACUUGGUGGAGGAGAAGGGGGUCAAACCCACAACUUUGCUGUACUGACUGUGCUAGCUCUUUGACAGAAAAGACCCAAUUUAGUUAAUUCUCACAAUAUGACACAUUUGAGUAUGCCACAUUUGAAAUGUCCACAGAUGACAAUAGAUGAUAGAUAGAUAGGUUACACAGAUGAUGGAGCCGUAUAGAUAUAUAUGAAAAAACAUUGGAACAAUUUGAAGGUUUAGAAAAUCAAAGAACAUAUUCUGGGAAUGUAUGAAGCAGUAUAACCAGGAGAUCAAAACUAGCCAAGGCUUCAAAAGCCAUAUACUUUGGGUGCCAGUUACUCACCCCUGUAAUCCUAGCCACUUGGAAAACUGAGAUCGGAAGUAUCAA